CGCAUGUAUUGUAGACUGGACCGGAGGCUGUACAUUGGAUUGCAUCUAAUUAUUCAUUUAGUAGUCAUACUUUGUACCAUACAUAUUAUUUUUGUCCACAUAUUUAAUGGAGAUCUAGGGCCAGAUGCCGAUAUUAUAUAGAUCGCCAAUCCCCCUCAGUGCUUGUAUUAUUGUUAGCACUGACACGGCGACCUCAUCGACGGCGAACACAAACUUGAUUGUAUUGCAAGAUCUAUACUCUUUCCUCAACGGAGAUAUGAUGCCGUGGCGGCGGCGCAGAAUGGGAAUCGUCCUCAGACGGAAUGGAAGACGGAAGAAGAACAAGUUAUGUAUAGAUUCAUGAAAGUACGGGAGGAGAGCGGCGAGGUCAUGUAAACGUAUUCAAGACGUGAAACAGAGAUAUGCGAUAUGCAUGUGAACCACGCACGUU